AUGCCUCCGAUAACUUCGUCAAGCCGCCAUAGCCUUCGCCAUGUUAUCUUCUUCAUAUUUACCAUAAUAUUCAUCGUAGCUCUAGGUGUUUUCAUUACCUGGCUCGUAACCAAACGCAAGAAACUUCAUUACAGUGUUGAAAACGCGUUUGUACAAAACUUUACCCUUACCAACGACAAUUACAUGUCAGCUACAUUCAAAAUCACCAUCCAGUCGUACAACCCCAACCACCAACUCUCGGUUUACUACACUUCCGUCCAGAUAUUCGUUCUAUUCAAGGACCAGACGCUUGCGUUCGACACGAAGUUGGAACCGUUUCACCAACCGCGAAUGAACGUUGCGGUGAUCGAUGACGCGUUGAUCGUAAGGAACGUCGGCGUUUCCGAAUCCAGUGGUGAGGAUUUGAGGGCUCAAGCUUCGUUGGGGUAUAUCGACUUUGAAGUAUUUGUUAAGGCGAGGGUUAGGUUUAUAAUCGGAUUUUGGUGGACAGCACAUCGUACGGCUAAUAUUGAGUGUUCUCAUGUCACAUUCUCUUUGUCACAGCCAAACAAUUCCCAACAUAGUUCAUGUUACGCUAAUAUUUAGUUAGUAAGUUUAGCAUUGUCACACUAAUAAUUAUAUUGUUCAUAAAUUGACUUAUGUUAUG